AGCACAGAGCUCAUGGCUGUCCCUGGCUGAGACACACGCAGACGCACACGGUGAAGAAACACACCAAGUCAAGCAACAAGACGGUCUCCUUACCUGCCAUGGGAAUCUAACCACCAACUUAUACUGUGUACCUGUCCGGCUUUGUUCAGACCGAUCAUUUGGGAGCCAGUAUGAAGACUGUGGAACCCAUUUCAGCCAUACAGAUCCUUUUUCUGCUGGUUCUGGUCACUUCAAGCUACGGCAUACAGAGAGCACCUCGAAUCAUCACCUUAUUAGAGACAGUGGAUGUACUACUGGAUCACAAUGCCACCUUCAUUUGUGAAGUCGAGUCGCGUCCCCCUGCUGACAUCACCUGGACCAAGAAUAAUCACCCAAUUAUGUACUAUGAACCCCGGUACAUUACGAGGGAACAGGGACAGAUGCUAAUCAUCCCUCAUGUAAGGGAGUCAGACAACGGAGAGUACUGUUGCCUCGCCAGUAACGGCAUUGGAGAGCCAGCCAAGAGUUGUGGAGCGCUGCAGUUAAAGAUGAAACCACAGAUCAAACGCCACCCUACCAAUGUAACCCUUCUGGUAGAAUCCAAAGCAGUGUUGCCCUGUGUGACUCUCGGCAAUCCCAAACCAGACGUCACCUGGCUCAAAGAUGAUGAGCUUAUCCGGGUCAGUGACCGUGUUACCAUUCUCGACUACGGUGCGCUGAAGAUUCACAACAUACAGAAGGAGGAUGCAGGGCAGUAUCGCUGCGUGGCCAGGAAUAGCUUUGGUUUGGCCUUUUCAAAGCCUGUCACCAUAGAAGUACAGGCUCCAGCGCGAAUCCUGCGGGUUCCAAAGGAGAAGAGAGUAGCGUAUGGCAGCCAGAUUACCCUUGACUGUAACGCCACAGGAAAUCCGAUCCCCACCAUCACCUGGCUGGAAAAUGGGAAUACUAUCUCAGGUGCAUCGGUUGAAGAGACCUUGGUAGGAGAGGUGAUUCUGUCCAUCCUUAAAGUGACAGUGAAUAAACCGGCUCUGUAUACCUGUUUGGCCUCCAACAGACACAGUGCUGGAGCCAACACUGUCAAAGCAACGGCAAGAAUCACUGUUGCAGAAUGGAGACUCUACAAGGGUGUUGCAGGCUACUGCAGUGCCUACCGAGGAGAUGUUUGCCGCACCGUCCUGCGAGAUGAUUCGCUGGUCUUCUUUAACUCCUCCCUCUCGGACCCCGAGGACAUGCAGGAGUACCUGGUCCAGAGCGGGUGGGCGGAGCUGGAAGGACUCAGUAUGCUGUGUAGCCCUGCUGUGCGCUCACUGCUCUGCCACUCCUCCUUCCCCGACUGCAACCCAUCAGGGUUAGGACCUGCACCCAAACCUGUCUGCAGAGAACACUGCCUGGCAGUGAAGGAGCUGUAUUGCCACAAAGAGUGGUUGGUACUCGAGAGCAGCAGUUCAGUCCAGCCUGGGCUCUUCAGCUCUGUCAUUGGGUCCCAUAAUCCCAGUCCACUGCUGCCCAAUUGUCAGGCCUUGCCAAGUCUUCACACAGACCCUGAUGCCUGUACACAUGUCCCUUUUGUAGACAUCAAGAAAGAUCAAAUUACAACAACGUGUUACAAUGACAGAGGUCGUUUCUACCAAGGCACUAUUAAUGUGACGAGGUCUGGGAUACCGUGUCAGCCAUGGAGCCAACAGGUUCCCCACCAGCACCGCCUUUCUGUGGACGUCAUUCCAGAAUUGAAGAACUCAGACAGCCACUGUAGGAACCCAGGAGGAAUCAGCGACAAGCCCUGGUGUUACACCUCAAAUCCCAACAUACGCUGGGAGUAUUGUGCCGUGCUGCCGUGUGGGGAGGCAGGCACAGCAUCAGUGAGGAAACCAGAGGCACUGGGCCCCCCUCAGACUCCUCGUCUCCCUCCCACCACCACUGUGUCAUCUCCAGCUUACUCCAUGUCUGUCAUUGUUAUCAUCCUGACUGCACUUGUAGCUGCAGUCUUCCUCAUCAUCAUCAUCCUCACCUGCCGCAAACGCAGGAAGCAGUGGAGGAACCGAAAGAGAGUGAUGGAGACCCCAACGCUGAGUGCUAUUCCAUCAGAGCUCCUGCUGGACCGACUCCACCCCAACCCCAUGUACCAGAGGGUUCCCUUGCUGCUGAACUCAAAGCUACUGGCCCUCGAGUACCCACGAAAUAAUAUCCAAUAUGUUAGAGAUAUUGGAGAGGGAGCCUUCGGACGGGUUUUCCAAGCCAGAGCACCAGGCCUGCUGCCAGUGGAGUCUUUCACGAUGGUGGCUGUGAAGAUGCUGAAGGAGGAAGCCUCAGCUGACAUGCAGAAUGACUUCCAGAGAGAGGCAGCGCUCAUGGCCGAAUUUGACCAUCCAAACAUCGUGCGACUCCUAGGUGUGUGUGCAGUGGGUAAACCAAUGUGUCUGAUGUUCGAGUUCAUGGCCCAUGGUGAUCUCAAUGAGUUCCUGCGCCGUCGAUCUCCAACCCAAUCAGUGCGUACCCUAAGCUGUGCCAGCCUGUCGGGUCGCAGCUUCACCUCUGAGGUGGAGGCCGGACCUCUGUCCUGUGCUGAGCAGCUGUCAAUUUCCAAGCAGAUUGCUGGAGGAAUGGCCUACCUAUCAGAGCGCAAGUUCGUCCAUCGUGACCUAGCAACCCGGAACUGCUUGGUAGGGGAGGAGAUGGUGGUGAAGAUCGCAGACUUUGGCCUCUCCAGAAACAUCUACUCGGCUGAUUACUACAAAGCCAAUGAGAAUGAUGCCAUCCCCAUUCGCUGGAUGCCCCCAGAAUCUAUUUUCUACAACCGUUACACCACUGAAUCAGACGUGUGGGCCUAUGGUGUGGUGUUAUGGGAGAUUUUCUCCCAUGGGAUGCAGCCUUACUAUGGUAUGGGUCAUGAAGAGGUUAUUUACUAUGUGAGGGAUGGUCACAUCCUCUCCUGUCCUGAGAACUGUCCUCUGGAGCUGUACAAUCUGAUGAGGCUUUGUUGGAGCACACACCCAUCAGAUAGGCCCAGCUUCAGUAGUAUACAUCGGAUACUGGAGCGUAUGCAUCAAAACACACUAAGUGUGAAUGCUGAGCCUGAGGCUGACUGCUAACCUUGGAGAUUUUGACAAAAACAUGUCUGUCGCUGUGCAAGAAAACAAUGAGUUAUGUAGUUAUUUAGUGCCUGACACUACACUUUAAAUGAACUCUGACACUGAGCCUUAGCAUACAUUGAAUACUCAGACUGUAAAGUGACUUCAGUCUUUUUCCUUGCCCAAUAUUUCUCUUUAGAAGACCCCAAGUGUUAACCUUACCAAACCUUUUUGUUUGAUAAACACCUGUCAUAUUUUAGUAAUUUGUGUAUUGCUUACAUCUUUAAUUCAGGACUGUAAUUCCUGACCAUAUACCAUCACAUACCCAUCAGACAUGUCUGCUUUGUUUAUGAACAAGACUAGGUCAAAACCAAGUAUAUGGCUGGACCACCCUU